UUUCUGUGCUGGAAGACUGCUGGAAAUCAAUCAUUCCUUAAUGAUUUGGGUUAAAUAACUUUUCGAGCUCGAGUAUAGCGGAAUUAAGGUCAUAGGGUUCAUUUAAUCAGUGAAAUGACAUUCAAUUGAAAAUAGGUGUUAAUUUGUUGGGGCUGCUGUUCUUCACCUUGUGAAGUACAGGGUGGCAACUUAAGAAAGAUUUUGCUUAAAUGUUGCCUGAAGGUUAAGUCUGAAGCAUGCUAAUUAGACAAAGAUUAAACUAGGCAUAUCCUAAGAAUGUAGUGAGCUGUGAUUAUUAAUUACAGUAUGCAUAAAACAAGCUCAGGUUUUUUCUGAUUCUCAGCAUUAAUUUAUCAUUUUAAACUGUUUUAUAAAAUGUGCACCAUUGUCCUUAAGAGGAUGCUACGUUCAACUUCAGUACUUGAGUAAGCCCUCAAUUGAGUAGUGCUUUGCAACAGAUAGGUGCUUAGCAAUAAAAUUAAUAAAAUAUCAUCUAUGAAAUAAUAUUUGAAUUUAUAUUUUAAAGUAUGUUUGAACACUGUAAAUGUUGAACAACCAGAGUCUUCCACUGGCUUCCAUGAGUGGACAUAACUACGGAAUUCUGCCUUGAAAGAGAUCAGUGUUUCAUUACAUACAAAAAUUUUCACAUUUCACUUUUAAGUAUAAUGGUAAAAUAUAUUUUUUAUUGAAAAGAGAAAAUGACCUUUCAUUUUUGUAUAAUGUUAUAUAAUAGAUGAUUCAAGAUAAAAUAUAAACACAAGAUAAGUGUCUAUUUGUAAUAUUCAUUAACUUUAGAGAGAUGAAGUCUUCAUAAGGUAUUCUGUUUUAAGAAAAAGACUUUUUUUUGGUUCAAAAUAGUGCAAAUAGGAAGUUGCUUUGUCUUUAUAAAAAAGAAGACAGGGGCCAUAUAGUCUUUUUAGAAGUUGUAUAAAUAGAACUGCAUGUGGUUUCAGAAUAUUCAGAGAGUUUCCAAAAGUCUCUUUGUAUUCACAAGAGAUUAAUGACAGAUUUAGUAACCAUUCUUAUUAUUCCUGUUGCAGCUGAGCCUGUAGGUUCUAUCCCAGUCUGCUGGAACUGCAUAGAUAAUGCAUACACAAAUAAAUGAAGAUGAGUUAAAAAGACAAAAAAUCCACAAAAUUAAUAAACCAGAUAAUGUUAUUGCAGCUUGACCAACACACUAGCUAUGGAUAUAGGGGUCGGGACUGUCGCAGUAAUCUCUAUCUUCUUCCAACGGGCGAAACCGUGUAUUUCAUCGCGUCUGUAGUUGUGUUAUUCAAUGUUGAAGAGCAACUUCAGAGGCAUUACACUGGUCAUAAUGAUGAUGUGAAGUGCCUGGCUGUUCAUCCUGAUAGGAUCACUAUAGCAACAGGUCAAGUUGCAGGGACAUCCAAGGAUGGGAAACAAUUACCACCACACGUGCGUGUCUGGGACUCUGUAACUCUGAAUACGCUGCAUGUCAUCGGAAUGGGGUUUUUUGACCGAGCUGUCACUUGCAUUGCUUUUUCUAAAUCUAAUGGAGGAAGUAGCCUGUGCUCUGUGGAUGAUUCAAAUGACCAUGUGCUUUCUGUGUGGGACUGGCAGAAAGAAGAAAAGCUGGCAGAUGUCAAGUGCUCUAAUGAGGCUGUAUUUGCUGCAGAUUUUCACCCUACUGAUACAAAUAUAAUAGUUACUUGUGGAAAAUCACACCUUUAUUUUUGGACACUAGAAGGGAAUUCCCUUAUUAAAAAGCAAGGAUUAUUUGAGAAACAAGAGAAGCCAAAGUUUGUCCUGUGUGUGACCUUUUCUGAAAAUGGUGAUACUAUUACAGGAGACUCAAGUGGAAACAUUUUGGUAUGGGGGAAAGGUACCAACAGAAUAAGCCAUGCAGUUCAAGGGGCACACGAGGGUGGGAUAUUUGCGCUGUGUAUGCUGCGAGAUGGCACGUUGGUAUCAGGAGGUGGAAAAGACCGAAAGCUGAUAUCUUGGAAUGGAAAUUACCAAAAAAUUCACAAAACCGAGAUUCCAGAGCAGUUUGGUCCAAUAAGAACAGUAGCAGAGGGAAAAGGAGACGUUGUAUUAAUAGGAACCACUAGAAACUUCGUCCUACAGGGCACACUAUCAGGAGAUUUUUUCCCAAUUACCCAGGGUCACACUGAUGAGCUCUGGGGACUUGCAGUCCAUUCCUCUAAACCUCAGUUCUUCACAUGUGGACAUGACAAACACAUUACUCUCUGGGAUGCUACCACCCAUCAUCCUAUCUGGGACAAGAUUAUAGAGGAUCCAGCACAGUCUUCAGGUUUUCAUCCUUCAGCAUCUGUCGUUGCAGUAGGGACGCUGACUGGAAGGUGGUUUGUGUUUGACACAGAAACAAAAGACUUGGUCACUGUACACACAGAUGGAAACGAACAGCUGUCUGUAAUGCGUUACUCACCAGAUGGAAACUUCUUGGCAAUAGGUUCCCAUGACAACUGUAUUUAUAUAUAUGGUGUAAGUGAAAAUGGAAGAAAGUACACUAGAAUUGGCAAAUGUUCAGGUCAUUCCAGCUUCAUUACUCAUCUAGAUUGGUCUGUUAAUUCACAAUAUCUUGUGUCUAAUUCAGGAGACUAUGAAAUCUUAUACUGGAUCCCCUCUGCUUGUAAACAAGUCGUGAGUGUUGAAACAACUAGAGAUAUAGAAUGGGCCACUUACACCUGUACUUUAGGAUUCCAUGUUUUUGGUGUAUGGCCUGAAGGUUCAGAUGGAACAGAUAUCAACGCUGUCUGUCGAUCACAUGGGAGAAAACUGCUAUCAACAGGGGAUGAUUUUGGCAAAGUACAUCUCUUCUCAUAUCCAUGCUCACAGUUUAGGGCUCCAAGCCAUGUGUACGGUGGACAUAGUAGUCAUGUAACUAAUGUAGAUUUUCUCUGUGAAGACACCCAUCUCAUCUCCACAGGCGGAAAAGAUACAAGUAUUAUGCAGUGGCGAGUCAUUUAAAGGAAACGUCAGCAUGAACACACACAGUUGAGUCGACCAUGCACAGAACUUAUGUAUAAACUGUAUAUUUAAAACUUAACAGUAUGUUUGCAGUUUAGCCUGGUCACUGUGAUUUUUGUUUAAAAAAUUCUUACAAACCUCAGGAAAAUUAAGCCCUGUGCUGGUUACCUUACUCAGUAUAGUGAUUUUUUUUUUUUUUCAUUGUGUCACACCUGAAGAAUGAUUGUUCUCUGUUGUACAAUAUACAAUGCAGUACAAGUUUAAUAUAAGAAAUGUGGCUUGACAGUUUGCAAUACAGUGGUAUCAGCAGAAUGUGACUAUCUUAAAUGUUUUCUAUAAACACUGCUAAACUGGUCACAAAAAUGCCUUUCAAAGACUGUAUAUAUGUGCUUAUUUGUUUCACUAUCUACACUUUGUACUGUAUAUCUACUUAUUUAGAAAAAUCUAUGACAAUGUCAAGGUACUGAACUGUUUCUGAUGGAGGCUGAUGAAUAGAUACAAAAAAUAUAAACUGCUAUGUAAGAUGCAAAAAUUAGUGUUCUAGACCUGAAAAUGUGAAUGCUGGUAAAUUUGCAUUCUCUUGGGAACAGCACACCGUGGGUAUUACCCAUGAGGAGUUGUGUUCCCUUUCAAAUGAAUCAGCAAGCUUUGUCCCAGUUUGACCUGAAUAUCUCAGUAGGGCUUACAGAUGUCUGUGUGGUUCAGGUAGUCCAUAUGAGUUUAAAUUAAAAAUUUUUUAUUUGUAUAUGAACAAUUUCUUUUUGAAAACAAAACAAAAAAGCUUGGCCACAUCCCCAUUAUUGGUUGGUAUAUUUAACUAAUAUGUAUAUUAAUCAGCAUGUUGCUAUAUUGUACAUGUAUAAGAUUUUAGCAGUUCAUAACAAAUGGUAAGGCCAUCUAGCUUUACUUUUUUAUGCUUAUGGAUAUUGUAUAUUUGUAUUUUAAGACCAAGUAGACCAAGUCUAAAGAUAUCUUUUUAAGUGUACCAUAAACCUGCAGAGGGUAAAGGAAGACUUGGAAGCCUACAUGAAAUAUUAAUGUGUAACUUCUGGCCCCUGUGUUUUGUGCAUGGAUGGGUAUUUAUAGUAUGAAAUAAGAUUGUGUUUUGCAAUGAAGUAACAGUGGAGGUGGUAUAAAAAUGGUUAAGAAGGCCUUACCAAUGUUGAUUGUGACACAGAUUAAAAUGUAUUGUUUACUAUGAGGAAUGUAUCUGAAGAAUUUUAAAAGAAGAGUUCUAAGCGAACUCAAAAAAGGUAAUAUUAAAAUUUUGCUUGUAAACGGACAGUAAACGUUAAUUCUCUGAACUCUAAAGCACUGGUUGUUUAGAGUGAUUUAAAUGAAAUGGAAUCAAUAAAUUUUGAAACUUUUUUAUUACAUCUCCAACCUCCUACACUGAAAGUGCAGGACACCAAUAAACAUGUAUUAAAGUGAA